UCCCCGAAGAUGUCUCCAGUGCCGUCAGUCACCGCAGUUCAGGUCGAGAACGUCCUAUUUCCGCCGUCGGUGAAGCCGCCGGGCUCCACCAACGACCUCUUCCUCGGCGGUGCAGGGGUGAGAGGUUUGGAGAUCCAAGGGAAGUUCGUGAAGUUCACAGCCAUCGGAGUGUACUUGGAGAGCAGCGCCGUUCCUACGCUCGCCGUCAAGUGGAAGGGCAAGACUGUGGAGGAGUUAGCGGAUUCGGUUGACUUUUUCCGAGAUGUCGUCACAGGCCCCUUUGAGAAAUUCACAAAGGUAACAACGAUUUUGCCUUUGACGGGUCGCCAGUAUUCAGACAAGGUGUCAGAGAAUUGUGUUGCCUUCUGGAAAUCUGUUGGAAUUUACACUGACGCAGAAGCCAAAGCCAUUGAGAAAUUCAAUGAGGUCUUGAAGGAUGAAACCUUCCCACCAGGCAACUCCAUUCUUUUCACUCAUUCUCCCCUUGGAGCUUUAACGAUGAGCUUCUCCAAAGAUGGGUCCCUACCAGAAGUUGGGAAUGCAGUGAUAGAGAAUAAAUUAUUGACGGAGGCGGUACUGGAGUCCAUCAUCGGCAAGCAUGGUGUUUCCCCUGAAGCGAAGAAGAGCUUGGCAGCAAGAUUAUCGGAAUUAUUCUGCAAGGAGGCUGGGGAUGAGAAAAUUGAAGCUGAGAAGGUUGCUCCGGUGGCUUGUUAAGGUGGUUGAAGGAGAGAUGGGAAGAAACCAUGAAAGAUAGGGGAGAGUAUGGACCCUUUCAUGAUGAUGAAGUUUAUUUGUGUUGGUUCCUCUUGUUCCUGUAUGUUUUUGAUGAAAUAAAACACGUGUGACAAUUUAUAAGGUAAUUCAGAGACUUUUAUUUGUAGUGUUGUUGGUGCACUCUAU